AGGGAUUUCAGGCUGAAUGAUUGCACGCUGGCAGGUGGACAGGCAGUUGUUUAGCUACAUCGUAGAGCACAGUCAUUCUGGAUUUGUGUACUUUACCCGCUGUAGUGAAGUUUUAUUCCUGAUGCUAAUGCUAGCUUAGCUUAGUCAUGUCUUCCCAGAGCAGCGCUGCUGGAAGGAUCCACGGGCUGCUGCUCAAACUUCAUGAAUUACUUUCAGACGAGGACAGCCGAGGUGCAGCUUUGAAAUGUCACGAUAUUAUCGGUGAUCUGGGACAGGAGUGCAUGCUAACACCGACCGAGAAUGAACUUGCUUUACAGAUGUCCUUAUUGUUCUCAAAAGACUAUGGACUCCUCAGCUUCCUCAGGAAGUCCCUGCCAUCAGAGGAGCUGCGAGACACCCGGGUAGAGAUCUUAGGUUUUUUGGAGACAUUGUUGGACAAAGUCUCACCAAGAGUUAAAGGUUGGGAAAAGUCCUACGCCACUGACAUAAGAGACAUGUGCAUGACUGUGUACACAAAGGAGAAAGUAGCCAAAUGUAGGACUCCAGUGCUGGAGCUUCUUAUUAAGGUUCUCCAAACAACAAAGGCUUCCAGUGUUGUUGCAGACUUUAGAAUCUGUGAAAUAUUUAACAAAUAUUACAGUGAGCUGUAUCAGAAGACCAAAUUACCAGAUUCAGUUCUUGCUAAAAUCUAUGAAUUGCUCGGAGUUCUUGCAGAGGUUCAUCCCAGUGAGAUGGUGAACAACUCAGACAAACUCUACAAGGCCUAUCUGGGAGAGCUGAAGGAGCAGAUGACUUCUUCAACGAAGGAACCAAAGCUUAUUGUUGUUGCUGGAUGUUUGAGAGGAAUCACUGCUCUCAUGGUCAACUUCACUAAAACCAUGGAAGAAGACCCAGCAACAUCAAAGGAAAUUUUCCAGUAUGCCCUGAAGGCAAUCAGUCCCCAGCUGGAAAUGACUCGAUAUGCCAUCACAUUUGCUGGCCUUCGAUUGUUUGCCAGACAUGCCUCCCAGUUCAGCAGCUGCCUCAUGGAUCACUACAGAGCUCUGUUUGAGAUCACGUCUAAGCUCUGUGGACACAUCAACGCUGAGAUGAAGAAGAUGAGUUACUAUGCACUAGAGGCGUUCCUCAAACAGGUUGCUAUGUUGGUGGCUGAGAAUAUUGAAGAGCACAAAAGCAAGUUAAAGUUCUUCAUGCAGAAGUUCUGCGGCAUCAUUAAGACCAUGGACUCAACACACAAAGAGCUGUCUAUUGCCAUACGAGGAUAUGGAUUCUUUGCAGCCGUAAGUUUAUUCCUUGGUUGUAAAAGCCAGAGUUUAUACAUCAAAAGUACAAGUUUAUCCACACAUGUAUUAACCUGAUAACCAAGCGGUUAU